AUGGAUCAAACUUGUAAACAUCUUGCCUGGUUAGAAUUCGUCCACGCACGGGUUGAACGCCACAUCAUCUGCAACCAGCGCUUGCAAACGCUAGCAAAUCAUCUGCCGGAUAAGGAUUCGAAAUACCCGAGCAUCGCGUUGCUCCUCGGCCACGAUACAAAAAACAAAGUCCUGCGUGACCUUCUGCCCAAAGGUUCUUUGAAAAAACAGCAAGCAAAUGCGACAUCUCUCAAUCUCCGUCCAGAUACGCAGUCAUCAAAAUCACCUUAUCCCAUUUACUAUGCAGACUUGGACCCCACUGAGCAUACAUGUAGUCUAGAGCUGGGGAACAAAACCGGAUGUCAUGUCCAACAACAUUUUCAGGUCUCCUGGGUCCCUGAGUCUCAGCAAAACCUGCUGGAUGUCGUGAUCUCGAGGCUGUUGUUUCUGUUCACGGAUGUAAUCUGUUUAUUUGCAGACGAUCUUGGCGGCCUCGAAACAACGAGAAUAUUCCUGACAAAUUGGACUCUGCUGGCCAUCGGGUCACAUAUAGGCCCUCCCUUACGGCCCCGGGUUUUAGUGGUCCAAAGAGACUCUGGGAACCCGAUGCAAACACUGGAAAGAGACUUGUUCCUUUCCGAUUUGACUCGAGAUGUCGACAUUAACAGGGUCUUUGCCAGCGUAAAAGUUGUUACGCUGCCACAAAAGUAUCAGACCUCCCAGCGUCGACGACUUAGUUUCAUCCUCGAGCUUGCAAAUAGCUUGGAUAGUGCGCGAGGGGACCGAAUGGCAGCGUCCAUGCUUUUCGCCGCCACCCAUCAAGCAGCCCUUUUCAGACGGGCACUAGUCAACGUCACGAGAACAGCAGCAACACCGUUCAAUUUCAUACAAGCGGCCAGACAGGGGAACGAGGUCCGAUCCGACCUUGUGGAGCAUACUGAAAACGUCCUGAGGGUGUCCCAAAAGCUUCCUACCGGUGUUGUUGUGUUAAUGAUAGCAUCCAGCGCGAUCCUAGACGCUUACCCAAAAGGAAUGCACGGCUUCGAUCCGAAGUUGUUAUUUAGAACCUUGUACAAGUCGCUGUACCGCUCAGCUCUUUGUCGCGUCUCGACUUCCACUCCGGACGAUGUGUCCAACGAGAUUCAGGAAAGGUUCUGUGCUCUUCGAGCUGAAAUGGUCAACAAUGGAACCUCUUCUGCUGACAUCCAUCUGUCGACGCUGCGGUCGCUGCAACCGUCUUGGUCAUUGUUAAAAUCCAAUCAGACCUGUCUCGUCUGUCUGGUCCAGAGUCCAGAGCAUGUAUUAUCCUGCGGACAUGCUUUGUGCGAAAAUUGCAUCAAGAGAUUUGGGUGCGAGGUGUCUUUGAGAUCCGGGCUUCAUAGCAGCUACGAAAUCAGGGAAUGUCCGGUCUGCGGUAAACGGGAAAGGUUCCUUGUGCGUUUGAAACCUCCGACUGCUGGCUUCCGAAUUCUGAGCAUCGACGGCGGAGGUCUCAGAGGAAUUGUCCCCCUAGAGACACUGUCUCUACUUCAGCAGCUGGCUCAGUCCGACUGCCCUAUUCAAGAACUUUUUGACUUGGCGUAUGGAACAAGCAUAGGGGGCAUCAUUGUUUUGGGACUUUUCGUGAAGAAAAUGACAGUAGAGCAACUUCUGUACUUUUUCAGGAGCUUUGCUCAUACGUUGUUUGGGGCACGCCGCUCGAAGGACGAUUCCUCUCUGUUACCUCGCGCUCUCAAGAGUCUUCUCACCUCUAAUAGCAUGUACGAUACUGGGCUCUUUGAGCAAACCCUGAUCUCUCAAUUCGGGCCCAACCGUCAACUAUUUGACUAUGAAGGCCCCACAGCUUCCGGUACUAAGGUCGCGGUGACAGCCGUCAAAGUAAGCGAAACAUCAACGCCGACACGGAUCUUCACAAAUUACAACGGUAGCAGGCGUCGACAAUCAGAAAGCGGAUAUCGAUUCGAGCGUCCAUUUAGGGCGGACCAGGAGCCGUAUGUGUGGCAAGUGGCAAGAGCAACCUCCGCCGCCCCGAUUUAUUUUAGAGCUAUCAAAAUUCCCUCCUUGGGCAUCUAUCGGGAUGGUGGCGUGAGCCAUCACAACAAUCCUAUCAACAUCGCAUUAUGGGAGAGCCGUUAUAUUUGGCCUUCAGUGAUACGACCUGACGUGGUGCUUUCUCUUGGCACGGGCUACGAAGAAACGAGCCAAUCUCCCCUUGUGAAGACCCCUAAGAUCUCUUUCCCGUGGUCUUUCUCAUUCUCUGUGAAGGAUACUCCAUUGCACUGUCUCAUAAGCUCGUUUAAGGGUGAGCUAGAUGGUCAACGCACAUGGAGGGAGUUCAUGAAUCACCGGCCUGAACACGAGAAACCCGACUAUUUCAGAUUAACGUUGGAACUGCCCGGUCCAGAACCUGCUAUUGACGACUACGACUCCAUCGAAGUCCUUUCCUCCGCAGUUCGGCUCCAGCCCAGCGGACCAGAGACACGACGCGGUGUCCUCAUGGCACUUUUGAUAUCAAGUCUUUUCUUUGAACUCCAGGAGAUGCCCUCUUACGGCGACGGGAUGUACUAUUGCCACGGCUCGGUUCGGUGUCGUUCUUCAGGGGCACUGAAGUCCUUACUUAAACUCCAUCCUCUCGGAAAUCUCGAGCUGUUUAAAGACGGAAACAGCCUCGGUGUAUUUUUGAGCGAGCAAGACAUCUGUGGGACCUGUCGACGUUAUCGCAAACCAGUGCACUUCUUCGUGAAGGACCUAGACGACGAGAUUAAUUUAUGCGUGAAAUGGGAUAUAGACCAGACAAGGAAAAUCAGUGCUAUGCCCCGCAGAGUCUCCUGGUUUGUGGACAGACAGGGUCUCGACAUGCCCUUUGGAUCUGCGACCGAUCCGGGCGUAAUCUACGAAGAAUGUGGUGGUUGCGCACCGAGCGAACAGAAAUUGCCAACAUGGACACCGGGGCCAUUAAGGACAAAGAGAAAGCGGUCAUAUGAAGUUAUGGAUGUAGAGCCGCACAAGAAGCGCAGCAAACGAUAG